AUGAAUGUUUUUCAACCGCUAUCGCCGACGCGUGUCCUCUGUGGAGCCUUGGCCCUUCCGAUUAUCGCUUCUAGAGUCGGUGAUUUCUGGUUCGCUGAUGUGACUCAUUGUCCCGUUCGUCGAACGCUUUACGGCGGUUCAGUGUUCCUCAUUCUCAAGGGCAUGUUUGGCAUCUAUUUCAGGUAUCAACAUUUGGUCAGAAACAUGCAACGAGUGGUACUCGAUUAUGAAGAAGAUAAGUCCGCCGAGACACCCAGUGGAAGCGAAGAUAGCAUUGCGAGUUCUUCAGGCAACGUGAUUCUUUUCGAAAUGUGA